UGCGGCAGAGAAAAACAUAGACGGGACGCUUUCGCUAGCUACCGGGGCUAGUGUGCUUGACGUUUGUUUUUUUUUUUUUAAGUCCCUGCUUCUUAGCAAAAGCAAACAUUGGAUGUAGAUUUAUUUAUUUUUUUAAACUGCGAUGUCUAAGUAGAACAUUAGAUUGUCAAAAGUGUCAACGAGCAGCUAAACAGAAGCGCCUAAAUCAACGAAGCUAACGUUGGGUAGCUAAUGCCAGGAUAGCUAGCGGGCUAGCUUUCACUAGUGUGUUAACGCCAAGAAUCGAUUUUACUAACGCCAACGUUGCAAUGGCUGAUGUUGACAAGCUCAACAUUGACAGUAUCAUCCAGCGUCUUUUAGAAGUCAGAGGGGCAAAGCCUGGCAAGAAUGUGCAGCUGCAGGAGAAUGAGAUUCGUGGAUUAUGCCUCAAGUCCAGGGAGAUCUUUCUCAGUCAACCCAUUCUUCUGGAGCUGGAGGCCCCUCUCAAGAUUUGUGGUGACAUCCACGGGCAAUACUAUGACCUGCUGAGGCUGUUUGAGUAUGGGGGUUUCCCUCCAGAAAGCAACUACCUGUUCCUGGGUGACUAUGUGGACAGGGGGAAGCAGUCUCUGGAAACCAUCUGUCUUCUGCUGGCAUACAAAAUCAAAUACCCAGAGAACUUCUUCCUGCUGAGGGGAAACCACGAGUGUGCUUCAAUCAACAGAAUAUAUGGUUUCUAUGACGAGUGUAAAAGAAGGUACAACAUCAAACUCUGGAAGACCUUCACGGAUUGCUUUAACUGCCUCCCUAUUGCAGCUAUUGUCGAUGAGAAGAUCUUUUGCUGCCAUGGAGGACUGUCACCUGACCUUCAAUCCAUGGAGCAGAUCAGACGCAUCAUGCGCCCUACUGAUGUGCCCGACCAGGGUCUGCUGUGCGAUUUGCUCUGGUCUGAUCCAGACAAGGAUGUUUUGGGCUGGGGGGAGAACGACAGGGGUGUAUCGUUUACCUUUGGCUCAGAGGUGGUGGCCAAGUUCCUACACAAGCAUGACCUGGAUCUAAUCUGUCGUGCCCAUCAGGUUGUUGAGGAUGGCUAUGAAUUCUUCGCAAAGAGGCAGCUUGUCACUUUGUUCUCAGCGCCUAACUAUUGUGGGGAGUUUGACAAUGCUGGUGCCAUGAUGAGUGUGGAUGAGACCCUCAUGUGCUCUUUUCAGAUUUUGAAACCAGCUGAGAAGAAGAAGCCCAACGGCAGCCGUCCUGUGACUCCCCCCCGCAACAUGGUCACCAAGCAAGCAAAGAAAUGAGUGGGGUUGGGGUUGGGGUUGGGGGAGGGGGGGUGGUACAAAUGGCCGGAGUCGCACUCCUCUGUUCUGCUUUCGUCUUCUGCACUUGAAGGAUUGCAAUCCUUCAUGCUGCCAAUACUGAAAAGAUAUUCACUCCUUCCCGAUGAAAGCAAAUUAUUUUGUUGUUUUGUCCACAGCGGUAAAUUGAUAUGUCACCAUGAAAACCUCAGGUGUUUUGCACUCCAUUUUGCAGCUAGUCUUUACCACAUAUGACUGUUCAAUCAGGAAAAAUGUAACAACACGGCUAUUUAUGCACAGGAAUGCCUUGUUUGAAGCUGUGCACAAUUUUUCCAGUUUCUUUCAUGUCUUAUUCGUUUGUUAUCUUUUUCUCAACAGGGAAAGGUCACAAACACCUGUUCACUUCUAUAAAACUUUAUUUACAAUUUAUUUACGUUCUGUGUCAUAGGAGAUUGACUUUACACUGCAUCAUCACAUUUUUAAACAAGUCUUGUGCUAAAUUAAAUUAAUAAAGAAGCACUCUUGUAAUGUCUAAAUCUUUCUAAUAAACAUUGAGUGUAUUUUAGGGGGAAA